AUGAACUUUAAUCAUGAUUACCUGCAGUUCAUACUAACACUGCAGUACACUCAUGUUCUGCUUCAAACAACUGAAGCUGUCUUAAACAGGAUAAAUGUCUCUCAAACGCCUCCAGAAAUCAAUGCGUGUGAAGGAGAUUCUAUCAACAUGGAAUGCUCUUGUGAGGAGGACGUACAAAUGGAAAGCAUCAGGGUAGAUUGGACUAAAGACUCAAAAUCAAUCCUCAAUGCAACCAGUUCAAAUGGCUCUGUAAAUCAAGCUUACAUUGACAGACUAUCUUAUUCUGUUGAGAAAGCAAAAUCAAAGCUGACAAUCAAAAGUAUUACUCGGGAUGAUGCAGGAUUGUAUCGUUGUAACAUGGUGAUUGAGAUACCAGCACCAGUUCGAAAGGGCAACGGAAAUGGAACAAUAUUGACAGUGCAAGCAGAUAACGAUACACCCAAAGUGGGAGCUUUGGUAGGAGCGGUGGUAUUGUUGUUGAUAUUGGUUCCUGUAGUGUUAUUUUACAAGAAACAACAGAAAAUUCAGAGAAAUGCAAGAAGUACAACUGCAGUACCAGUCCUGUUUGAUGUUGCGAAAGAAGAGAUCAUUGAACAAAAUCAGGAGAAUGAAGAAAGCUCAUCUUCAAGAGGCUCAUCUCAUUGGCUGACCUCAUCAUUGUAUGAAUCAUUUGACUACUUUGCAAUCCAAAAUAUAAACGAAGAAACCAGAUGCACAGUCUCAACCAGCUGAAUCUUCCACACCUAUGUGAAAGGAGAAAUAUAUUUUCAAAAUUGACUUUGUAUUUUAACUUGGUUCAUCAUUUCAGGAAGACUGGGAAUCAAGGAUGCAUUCUAACUGGAGACUUUGCUGUUGCCAUGUGUUAAUUGGAGCUGUGUCAGGUCAGAUGGUUGGCUGCAGCAUCAAUAUGAAACAUCAUGGAUCAAAGAGAUAAACAAAUUCAUUACCUUUUCUGUCACCACCUAUUGCAUGGGAUGAAGCGCUAAAUGGUGCAGAAUCAUCUUCCCAGGAAGCAUUUAGGAAUGGAAUGGAUGCAAUGUGUCCAUAAAGAAGGGAAGGAGAAAAAUAGUUGAUCUCAUUAUUAGAAAUUAACGUACCUGUACAAAAAAAACGGAUUCAGCGAUUUUAAUGGAUCCAAUCUAUUUUGCCUGUUACAGGUUGGAGUUCAUUCAAAUAUUAUGAUCAUGGAGUAUAGUGACUGUUGUGAUGUUCAGACAGUAUAGUAAAGUAAUAGUGUGGAAGAUUGCAAUGGCCCCUUUGAGUUUCCUGCUCUCAGGUAUUUCCUGUUUCUGCAGGAUGACCUCCAAGCUGUCAUUAUAGCCCAGAAGAAGAAAGAAAAUCAAAGUUUCAAUAUUUUUUACAUUUGUUUGAGGUGUGGGCAUCACUGGUUACACAAGCAUUUUAUGCCCUAUCGCCAGGUGCCCUGGGGAAUGUGGUGGAGAGCUGGUUUCUUGAACGAGAGCAGUCUAGAGGUGUAGGAACAUGGAGUGGUGAUAGAAAGGGAGAUACAGGAUUUUAACCGAGAAGAAAUGAAGGAAGGAUGAAAUAUUUCCAAGUGAGGAAGAUGUGUGACUUAUAGGGAAGCUUGCAGGUGAUGGUUUUCCAAUGUCCUUCUAGAUGGUAGAGGCUGCAGGUUUGCAAAGUGCUUUUGAAGGAGCCAUGGUGAGUUACUACAGUACAUCCUGUAGUUAGUGUACACUCCUGCCACUGUGCAUCAGUGGCAAAGGGAGUGAACGUUGAAUGUAGUAGAUGGGAUACAAAUCAAGCAGGCUGCUUUGUACUAGACUGUUUCGAAGGUUAUUGAAACAGUAUCCAUCCAGACAAGUGGUGAGUAUUCCAUCACUCUCCUAAUGAGAUUGGGACAGGUAUUGGAGAGACAGGAGAUGAGUUACUCAUCACAGAACUUUCAGAUUCUGAUCUGGUUUUUUAAAAAUUCCUUCAUGCGAUAGGUAAAUGCCAGAUAGGCCGACAUUUUUCACCCAUUCCCUAAUUAUCCAAAGGGCAGUUAAGUGUCAAACGCAUUGCUGUGGGUCGGAGUCACACAUAGGCCAGACUAGGUAAGGAUAGCAGUUUCCUUCUCUAAAGGACAUUAGUGAACAAUAAAAUCAUAGAUGUGUUUUUUUUUUGAGAAUCUGUGCUCCUCUUCUUCCAUUCAGUAAGUCAGCUGACACCAUUCUGAGUCGUGAAAGUUAAUGAAAGGGACCAAUGUUCCAUAAAGGAGUUAGAUUUUAAAAGCAGAUCAGGAACUUGACACCUGGAUAAAAUUUGGAAACUGACCCCCACAGUUUGAACGCAGUUGCUCUAAUACAGGAAGCAGAGAGGAGUUUGCUGCCCAAUUUGUGAGGCUGAGUGCUUCCCAGUGCCAGCGGCAGCCUACCCAUGCUGAGGUUUGCCUCUACCUUGAGGACAGAACAGGGGGUUAGGACGACUAACAUUCAAGAAUGAGGGCAACCAGGAAAAAUUAUGGUAAUGCAUACAAUUCAUCACAGGUUACCCGAGGGCUCAAUAUAUCUCAGUCAGAGGUUUUCUUUCACUCUGUGACAAGCCUGGAAAAAAGACAACUGUCUGUUUGGGUUCAACAAAAUAAUCAUGAACAAAGCCUGUUUUCGAUUGUACUUACCCUUUACCAAGCUCCUAAAGGAGGUGGAUGGGCCAUUAGAUGGCAGCAGUCAGGUCCCCCACUCCCUCCAAUAAAAGCACUAGAAAGUGCUGGAGCAACUCGGCAGGUCUGACAGCAUCAGUGAUGACAGAAACAAGGUCCAUUACUGCCUUUUUCCAAACUAUUAAGUGCUGAGCAACAACAUGGAAACACAGCAGAGAUGAUUUUGCCAAGUCAGAUGUUGAAUUUUCGGAGGAAACUAACUUCAAGGUUUUCAUUCUUCUGAAAGGUUUUCAAAUAAACAUAGCUCCUGUCGGAAUUCCAAAAGCCUGUUCGAUUAACGCUGAAUUUUUUUAGGCGAAAGUUGGUUUGCUCUAACAUCAAUUUAUUAUUUUUUAAAACACAGAUUUUUCAGAAAAGAUUUUAUCAAAAUUCAGUAUUAUUUCCCAUGCCCGGUUUAGUAACACAGGAAGAUCUAGAUGCAGUUUAUUAGAUUGUAGGUGGGUGAGAUGUCUGGAAAAGAAAGAAAUAUAUGUGUAGCUUAUAUUUUCUACCUUCUCUAAAUGGCAUUUCAGUUGUUCUGUUAUUUUACUUGGCAACUAACCAGAUAAAAAUGUAUGUAAAUUAAAACUGAAUUGGUUCAAUCAAUCAGUAAAAAAUCAAGGGUAAACUGUAUGGUUCAGGAAAUAGUCUGCACUGUUGGUGAUAUUAUCAGCAUUUGACAUUUAAACAGACAAAGAGAAAUGUAAAAGUCUUAAUGCUGAUAUUUUAUUGUACUGUUACAAAUAAAAAAUAGAAGGACACCUGUACAGGAUGAAACCUAAGCUAUAAGCCAACUAUAUUACACUUGUACAUAUUACACAUAUGCACCACAUAAAAAGAUAUGUGCUUUGCAAACACUCCAAAAAUAAAUCAGUAGGCUGGAAGCAAAAAUCAAAUGCAACAUGUCAAAGCAUGCAGAAACCAAACUGUAUGCAAUGUAAAGAGACAAAGUGUUAGUGGCCAAGAAUUUGCUGAGUCAGGCAUCUCAAACCUCAAACCUUUCCUUCACCCUUCAAAUUCAAAUAUUUUGCGCAUCAAAUCGCUGGAAAUGUGAACUGACAAUGGGGUGCAAUGGGCCACUUAGAACACAAGACCAAUAGACUCAAUUAAAAAAUUUAGGGAAUUUAAAAGCAACAGGUAU